AUUGAAAUUUUCAAAAAUAUAUAUAAAAUGUGGCGUAUGCUUCAAUUGCGUGCUGCAUUAUCAUCGCGUCCUGGACUUACCCGCCAACGUCAUAAUGGUCGCGUGAUUGCCAUACGACGUGAAGAUCAAUCCGUUUGGGAGCGUCGUGCACCGUUUGGUCCAACACAUGUCCAGAAAUUGGUUAAACAGGGAAUUAAGGUCAUUGUCCAGCCCUCAAAUCGUCGUGCCUAUCCCAUGCAGGCUUAUAUGCAAGCUGGAGCACAAAUUCAAGAGGACAUUAGCGAUGCAUCGGUCAUAUUUGGAGUCAAACAGGUGCCCAUUGAUUCUCUGAUACCAGGAAAGACCUAUUGCUUCUUCUCGCACACGAUCAAGGCUCAGGAAUCAAAUAUGGCUCUGUUGGAUGCCAUUCUAGAGAAGGAAAUACGUUUGAUUGAUUAUGAGCGUAUUAUUGACGAACGUGGGUCAAGACAGGUGGCCUUUGGCAAAUAUGCUGGUGUAGCUGGCAUGGUUAAUAUUUUGCAUGGCAUUGGUUUACGACUCCUGGCCCUGGGUCAUCAUACGCCAUUCAUGCAUAUUGGACCAGCUCACAAUUAUCGGAAUUCGUCGAUGGCCCGCCAAGCUAUACGUGAUUGUGGCUAUGAAAUAUCUUUGGGCAUGAUGCCCAAAUCAAUUGGCCCUUUGACCUUUGUGUUUACCGGAUCGGGAAAUGUUUCACAGGGAGCCCAAGAGGUAUUCUCUGAGCUGCCUGUGGAGUAUGUGCCUCCUGAAAUGCUACGCAAGGUGGCCGAGCAUGGCAAUCAAAACAAGUUAUAUGCCUGUGAGGUGAGUCGUUCCGAUCAUUUGGAGCGUCGUGAGGGCGGCGGUUUUGAUGCCAAGGAAUAUGAUGAAUUUCCUGAACUUUAUAUAUCGACAUUUAGCCAAAAAAUUGCGCCAUAUGCUUCGGUAAUAGUUAAUGGCAUCUAUUGGGCCGUUGGUAGUCCCAAAUUGAUAAGCAUACCCGAUGCCAAGAAUCUAUUACGUCCAGCUAAUACCCCUUGGUUGCCCACCAGCAAGGGAAGUCCUGCUCUGCCCCAUCGUAUGCUCGCCAUAUGUGAUAUAUCCGCUGAUCCUGGUGGUUCCAUUGAGUUUAUGAAUGAAUGCACAACUAUAGAUACACCAUUCUGCUUGUAUGAUGCUGAUCGCAAUAAGGAUACAAAGAGCUUCAAGGGUCCCGGUGUAUUGGUAUGCUCCAUCGACAAUAUGCCCACACAAUUGCCUAGAGAAUCGACGGAUUUAUUUGGUGAAUUAUUAACACCUCACGUACAUGAUAUAAUCAAAAGUGAUGCCAAAAAACCAUUGAAAGAAGAGAAUUUUUCAUAUCCCAUACAGUCGGCAAUCAUCGCUAGCAACGGUCAGCUGACCGAGAGUUUCCAAUACAUUCAGGAAUUGCGAGAUUCACAGAACAAUCGUUCGCGUCAUAAAAUGGAAGGCAGAAACGAGUCAAACAAAAAGGUUCUUGUCUUGGGUGCCGGCAUGGUAUCAGCUCCAUUGGUCGAAUGGCUGCAUCGUGAGAAAGACGUUAGCAUUACGGUUUGCUCUCAGGUGAAGGAGGAGGCCGAUCGUCUGGCCCAACAAUACGCUGGUGUGGACAGUGUCUACCUGAAUGUGAAUGAGAGCACAGGACAUUUGCAGGAGCUGUGCGGCAAAGCUGAUGUGGUUAUAUCUCUUCUGCCCUACAGUUUGCAUGGCAUGAUUGCCCGCUAUUGUGUGGAUGAGCGUACUCAUAUGGUGACCGCCAGUUAUGUGAAUGAUGAGAUUUCCGCAUUGCAUGAGGAAGCCAAAGCCAAUGGUGUGACCAUAAUGAAUGAAGUGGGUCUAGAUCCGGGUAUUGAUCAUCUCUUGGCGCUGGAGUGCAUACAUGAAGUGCAGGAGAAAGGAGCCGUAGUGGAAUCAUUUGUUAGCUACUGCGGUGGCCUGCCUGCCCCCGAACAUUCGAAUAAUGCUCUCAGAUACAAAUUCUCCUGGUCGCCACGCGGUGUCUUGCUUAAUACUCUCUCAGCGGCCAAAUAUUUGAGUCGUGGACAAAUUGUCGAAAUUUCUGGAGGUGGAGAGCUAAUGUCGACGCCACGUAGUUUAGAUUUCUUACCAGGAUUUGCCCUGGAAGGUUUCCCCAAUCGGGAUUCUACUAAAUAUGGGGCAUUGUAUGGUUUGGGUCGCGAUGUCCAUACAUUAUUGAGAGGAACCAUACGCUAUAAGGGCUUCUCCGAAUCCAUUAAGCCCAUGCAACUGUUGGGACUCAUCGAUACAGCUCCCCAUGCCCUCUUGCACCCUAGUGGCCCAGAUGUAACGUGGCGUCAAUUGAUCACCCAUUUGCUGGGUCUCUCCGAUUCAAGUAUUUUCUAUGAGAAUUUGAAGCAGAAGCUUGUUGAGCGUAUUGGCGAUGUGGAUGGCAUUGAGAGUUUGGGUCUUCUAGAUGAAACGCCUGUGGUUAAGCUUCACACUCCUUUGGAUACACUCAGUCAUUAUCUAUCCAAGCGUUUGGCGUUUGAACGCGAAGAACGCGAUUUGGUUGUAUUGCGCCAUGAGGUAGGCAUCCGUUGGCCUGAUGGACGACGUGAGGAGCGUGGCAUUAAUUUUGUGGUCUAUGGGCAACCUCAGGGACAUUCCGCCAUGGCCAUGACCGUGGGCAAACCAGCAGCCAUAGCUGCAAAAAUGAUUUUAGAUGGUGAAAUUCAAGAACGUGGCGUCCUUUUGCCCUUCACUCCAGAUAUCUAUCGCCCCAUGUUGCAACGUCUGCGUUCGGAGGGUUUGACUGCCACCGAAACCUCAAGAUGGCUGAAUUAAUUUUAAGUUUUGCUAUAAUUAUGUUUUGUUAUUUGUCAAAAUGUUUUUUGUA